AUGGUAAGUAGGUCAAGUCUGUACUGUUUAGGGGACAAGGAGAUUUUUGUUGUUUGUUUUGAAGGAGUGAUCCUUGUGAGAAUGAGCCUCUGGGUGGUGCAGCAGCCACCUGUGACUAUUAUCCAGCUUUUAAAAGCAGGAGACCAAAUUAUUUGUAUGGAUGAUGUGUAUGGAGCUCUUGGAGCAGUUCCAUCUCCUGUUGACUGUUACCUCUGCAAUCGAGGUCUGAAGACUCUGCAAGUCCGAAUGGAGAAGCAUUUCAAAAAUGGAAUGGCGGUUGCCCAGUUUCUGGAAUCGAAUCCUCGGGUAGAAAAGGUCAUUUAUCCUGGGCUGCCCUCUCACCCGCAGCAUGAGUUGGCAAAGCGUCAGUGCACAGGUUGUACAGGGAUGGUCACGUUUUAUAUUAAGGGCACUCUUCAACAUGCCGAGACUUUCCUCAAGAACCUAAAGGUAAACUUUCAAAAUAGCUUCUUAAAUUGUAGAGGCAAGAACUCCUUAUAGCAGUUCAUUAUCUCUCCCUUCUACCCAACCCAGAUAG